UGUGAUUAUACUUACUGUCGGCGUUGACCAUAACACUACAGUCGUGGAGAGGAGAGUGAUCAGACAGCUACGCCUGCAAGUUGCAUGUGUAUUAACAGGAAAGAAAAGCAACGAGGAGAAGAUGAAAUGCGAAGGACCUCCUACUCUGUUUCUUUUGGCGACUACCAUCAUCGUCUCUCAGCUCCGACUCUCUCUGACCGAGCAGGUGUCGUCAACCGGAGGACCGUCCUGCGCCAUGUAUGGCGUCUGUGGGACAAAUCCCCUGACGAAUAAAUCAUCCAAUUGUCCCUACAACGGCCCACCCAAGCCUGCUAGUGCCACCAUCAUAAAGAAAGCUUGUCCAGAAUUUGUGGAAGAAUUAAGUCUAGGAGAUCCCAAUGGAACCAUCAGUCUCUGUUGCGAUGCCGAUCAAAUUGCCAGUCUGUCGACAGAAAUCAGCUUAGCUGGCUUGUUGUUGAAGAGAUGUCCGUCGUGUCUGAGCAAUUUUCGUCAGCUCUUCUGUAAUAUGAUAUGUAGUCCCAGUCAGAGCGAAUUCAUGUUUGUAGGGAACACCACCACGGCGCCAGACACCAACAAAACGGUUAUAACCGCCGUCACUGUGCACGCUAUGAAGUCCUUCGUAGACGCCGUUUUUGACUCUUGCAAAGACGUUGCCAUGCCAUCUACAAAUACUAAAGUCAUAUCUCUGCUCUGUGGUAUCUGGGGUGAAUAUUACUGCACCGGGGAAAGAUGGUUGGCAUUCAUGGGUUCCACAAGCAACGGUUUCUCGCCUUUUUCAUUUGAUUUUGUCUAUGAUACAAAAGGCAAUGCUACCGUGGCCCCCUUGACUGUUAACACAACAACGUGUGACCAGGCUCCUAACGACAACUCUAGUGCUUGCAAUUGCAUGGAUUGUGAGGCCUCUUGCCCAAAACCACCUCCUCUACCCCCACCCCCCACCCCAUUCACCAUCGAAGGACAAGACGGAGUCGAAUUCAUAAUGGCUCUUCUUUUCUUGUUCUUUGCAACCGUCUUCUUCGUAGUGUAUUGUUUCUGGAUGAUUAGAACGAGUAAGAAUAAAGAUGUUGAACCUGAAGACGACUCGCGAGGAGAGACGGAGAUGAAUAUCCUGGAUAAGGCUGGAUCCAAAAUGAAACGUUCCUUACAGCAAUUUUUCACAUUUUGGGGCACAAGCUGCGCUUCAUACCCCUUAAGAGUGAUACUGAUGGGCACUGUGGUAGUCGUGGCUCUCUCUUACGGAAUUGCCUACCUGAAAGUCACAACCGAUCCCGUGGAGCUCUGGUCAGCGCCUUCUUCGAGGUCGAGGAUCGAGAAGGAAUAUUUCGAGGCAGAGUUUGGUGCCUUUUACCGAAUGGAGAUGGUUAUAAUAUCCCCGGUUGGAGUAGAUAAGGUUCAUCACCAAACUUUGAACGGCAGUGAGACGUGGGGUCCCGUUUACAACAAAACCUUCUUGAAGGAGGUUCUUAAGCUGCAGGAACAUAUUACUAAUGAUAUAUCUGUCAAAUCAGGUAAUGAUAUCGUCCACCUCGGAGACAUCUGCUAUGCUCCUCUGUCACCUACAAACAAAAACUGCGCAACACAAAGUGUCCUGAAUUUCUUCCAAAAUAACGCGUCGAACCUCGACAUCACAACGAAGGGAGAAAUGAAUCUAACUAACGAUUACAUAGACCAUCUGAUAUCGUGCUUCAGAAACAACUUCCAGCCAGUAGAUCCUACACUAAGCAUCCCCUGUUUGGGUGACUACGGGGGGCCUGUGUACCCAUUCAUCACCCUGGGAGGAUUCAUGAAUGGCAGUAAGGUCCUCGGAAACAACCCCCCUUAUAAGGAUGCGGAGGCUCUCAUCCUAACCUUCUUGGUCAACAACGAUGACAAUAUGACAGAGAAAGCGAUGGACUGGGAAAAACAGUUCAUAAGUUACCUCAGCAACUUUACAAACCCAAUGAUGGACAUUGCGUUUACCUGUGAGAGGUCGAUUCAGGAUGAGAUCGCGAAAAUGAGCGAAGGUGACGUGCAGACGAUCGUCAUCUCGUACCUGGUCAUGUUCAUCUAUAUUGCUGUGGCUCUUGGUCAGUAUGCCAAGCUGGACCGUUUGAUGAUCGACUCCAAAAUAACCUUAGGAAUCGGAGGGGUCAUUAUUGUCUCGGUGUCUGUUUCGUCUUCCAUCGGGGUAUAUGGGUAUGCGGGCAUCCAGGCGACUCUCGUCGUCAUUGAGGUGAUCCCAUUUCUGGUGUUAGCAGUGGGAGUUGACAACAUGUUCAUCCUUGUGCAGACCUUCCAGAGGGAGCCCAGAGGCCCCACUGAGAGCAGGCAAGAACACAUUGGUCGUGUGGUCGGCCAAGUUGCACCAACUCUCCUUCUGGCGUCCUGCUCUGAAGCUGCCUGCUUCUUCUUGGGUGCACUCUCUGACGUACCAGCUGUGAAAACAUUUGCUCUAUAUGCCGGGUUGGCAUUGCUUAUCGACAUCAUAUUACAGCUGACCUGUUUCGUGUCCUUGAUUUCCCUGGAUGCGUGGAGGCAUGAGGGCAGUCGCUUCGACCUUUUCUGCUGCUGUUCUUCGACUACCGAGGGAAUUCAGGAACCGAGGCAAGGUCUCCUGCAGAAGUUCUUCAAUAAGAUCUAUGCCCCUACGUUGUUGUCCAUUGGUGGGCGUCCUGCUGUCAUUUUUGUCUUUGUGGCCUGGUUAUUUGCUAGUAUAGCCGUCAUUGAUAAAGUGGAUGUAGGUCUUGAUCAGCAGCUCUUGAUGCCCGAAAAGUCAUACAUGCAAAAGUACUUCCAGUUCCUCGAGAAUUACCUGAGUGUUGGUCCACCUGUCUCUUUCGUUCUCAAAGGAAGUAUUAAUUUCACCAGUUACUCACAGCAAAACAAGGUCUGUGGAACUGUCGACUGUAACAUCGACAGUUUAGCCACGCAGAUCUACACUUCUUCUAUGAUACCGAACGUGACUUACAUCGCCCAGCCAGCGUCAUCCUGGAUAGAUGACUACUUGGACUGGUCGUUAUAUGGCGGCAUAACUCCGUGCUGUCGUGUCCAGAAGGAUGGGAGCUUCUGUCCUGCAACCAGUACCGAGCCCAACUGCAGGAACUGUGACAUCAAACCUCUCAAGGAUGGUCUACGACCAGAUCCUUCUUCAUUCAUGGAGUAUCUGCCAUUCUUCCUGGAGGAUGUUCCAAGUACUUUCUGUCCAAAAGGUGGCCAUGCUGCAUAUGCUAAUGCCGUUAAAAUUGUGACAGACACAAAGAACGUGAGCAGAGUAGAAGCCAGCUACUUCAUGUCGUACCACACCAUCCUGAAAACCUCAAAGGAUUACUACGAAGCCUUACGAGGCGCCAGGAAUGUCUCGGAUAACAUCACGAGGAUGCUAAAUGAAGGCCUUAAGGAUUCAGUUUAUGAAGUGUUUCCUUACAGCAUAUUCUACGUGUACUACGAACAGUACCUGACGAUGUGGCAAGACCUCGCUGAAUCUUUAGUCAUAACCCUUGCGACGGUGUUUGCAGUGAGCGUUAUCCUUUCUGGAUUUGACUUCCUGUCUUCUCUGAUCGUCGUCCUCACCAUCAUGAUGAUUCUGGCCGACCUUGGCGGGCUCAUGUACUGGUGGGACAUUUCCCUGAAUGCCAUCUCUCUGGUUAAUCUGGUUAUGGCUGUUGGCAUAUCUGUGGAGUUCUGCAGUCACAUCACCCACGCCUUCUCACUGUCGUCGAAGAAGACGAGAGUUGAGCGUGCCCAUGAAGCUGUAGCGACCACUGGUGUGUCUGUGAUGUCAGGGAUCACUCUCACUAAAUUUGUAGGAAUCGUCGUUCUGGCAUUUGCUCAUUCGAAGAUAUUCCAGGUGUUUUAUUUUCGAAUGUAUCUUGGGAUCGUUCUCUUUGGUGCUGCGCAUGGUCUCAUAUUUCUACCAGUCCUGCUGAGUUUCGUAGGACCAAAAAGCAAAGAAAGUCAUGAGCAUAAUCAGCAAUGGGACAGGAUACCUGAAAGUCUUCAAGAAUCAAUGGAUACUGCGGCAGAAUAUAAUAAAGACACACAACAAGAUACAGAGUGUAAUAAAGACGCACAACAAGAUACAGAGUGUAAUAAAGACACACAAGAUUUUUCUGAUGACAAUGUUUCUGGUAAAAUCCAAUCCAUCAGUUAUCCAAAUUAUGGUAGUACAGACUGCUGACCAACCCAUAUAAGAAAUUAAUGUCACUAUAUUGUUUGCUUCGUCUAAGCCAAAAUUGUAUUUUAUAACAUUGAAAGGAGUUUAUAUACUUGUGUAUGGGGCAUGUAUUUGUGUAUGUAAUUGAAAACAUAAAUGUAAGGUAAUUUAGUUUAUAUUUAAAAUGAUAUAUGCUAUUUAUAUAUGCCUGUGUUUGGCUGCAUGUGGUUGUGUAUCACUUUUCUUUGAUAUAUAGAUUUUAAUAGGACUUCAUCAACAGUAUAUGAAGAGAUGACUAUCAGGAAAAUUCAACCAUCUAUUCAAUUUUCUGUGAUUACUUAUCCAACAGAAUUGCUCCUAGUUUUUCUUAAGCUAUUGUCUUACAGAUUGUGAUUCAUUGAGUUUCAGUUCCUGCAAGGUAAUAAAGCCCCGAAGACUUAUUUUUGCUAUUAUUCUCAUCCUCUAAGAUUUAUUUUCAAUUAAUCACGCUGAUACAGUUCAGUUUUAUCGUAUAUGACAGCAAUGUUCAGUUUCUUGCGUGAUUUUCCAUCGAUUUUAAACAUUUUACUCCGGUCCUUCAACUGGCUAUAAGGUCUAUCUUCCUAAUCGAAGAAGAAGAAAAUGUAAACAAAUUUGUAUGCCUGUCAGACUCUUGAGUCUCAGGCUGUCAUUUAAGGUGAAGUUCAGAGGUAGCAUCCUCAAAGAAACCUAAUGGAAUGUAGCACUCAAAUUAAGUAUUGGAGAAUGCAGUAUUCAAGUUCAGUAGAGGGUAUAAACAUCACAGCUGUUAUCAGCUUUGUAAGAUCAUUGAUAUGAAAUG